UACUCUUUGUUAGCCAUGCCUAGCCUGCUGGUUCUAGCAGGGAUCAUGGACAAAAAUGGGGGCUACGGCGGGGAUCUGGCCGGCUCCGGCUUCGGUACCGAGAGUCUCCUGGCGCCACCCGACGAGGAGGAAGACGACUCCCGUGCCCUUAGAGUCGCACUGGGCCAGCUCUCUCUGUUGGGUCUCGGGGAAGGCGAGGACGGCAGUGGGGCUCCUGCCACUGGAGUUCAGGACCGGAGUAACAAUAACAACAACCAUCACGGCCACGCGAACAGCGUCGGGGGAGGAGGCGGCGGAGGAGACACUGGUAUCUUACAAGGGAAGAGCAAGUUAUGUGCCCUGUACGAAAGCACCUCAGCUGAAACGAAAGGACGGGGCAGCAACAUCACCGAGUGCGUCCCCGUGCCAAGCUCUGAACAUGUGGCGGAAAUAGUGGGCAGGCAAGGUUGCAAAAUCAAAGCCUUACGGGCGAAGACCAACACCUAUAUCAAGACCCCAGUCCGGGGUGAAGAGCCCGUCUUCCUCAUCACUGGCCGCAAGGAAGACGUGGCGUUGGCUCGGCGUGAGAUCAUCUCCGCAGCUGAGCACUUCUCCAUGCUGCGGGCCUCCAGGAACAAAUUGGGGGUCUCCUUCAAUGGUUCACCACCGACUCUGCUGCCAGGCCAGACCACCAUUCAGGUCCGGGUGCCCUACCGGGUCGUGGGCCUUGUGGUGGGCCCCAAAGGCUCCACCAUCAAGCGCAUCCAGCAGCAGACCUGCACAUACAUUGUCACGCCAAGCCGGGACCGGGACCCUGUCUUCGAGAUCACAGGCUCCCCGGGGAAUGCUGAGCGGGCACGUGAGGAGAUCGAGGCUCACAUCGCCUUCCGCACAGGUGGGCUACAUGACCACAACAAUGAGAAUGACUGCCUGGGCCCAGAGAGUGGCAACGGGGGUCUGGAGUCUCGCCUGCAGCAGGUGUGGGGGCUACAGGGGGGCCAGCGCAAGCCACUCACCAGCAGCUAUCGCCAGAAUUUUUCUGACGCCAUGGUUGGAGGCAGUGGGGGUGGGGGUGGAGGUGGAGGAGGGGGCGGUGGUGGAAGCAGUGGGAUUUACAGUAAGGGUGAUUUCCCCAAUAGCGGGGACAAGCCAUGCUCUUAUUUCGGUUCUGAGGGCUCCCAGGGCUGGGGUGACCCCGACUACCCCAAACAGGUGGCCUACUAUGUCCAGCAGCGCUCCAAGAGUUUUGGGGGCCUACCUCUGCCUCUGAGCAGGCCGUCGCCUGGCCUUCCGGAACCCUGCGGAACCGGCGGUGGGUCCACGGGCAUCGGGUCCCCCCACGCCCAGGCACGACGCGCCCACAGCGAGCCCACUUCUGCCUCGGCACCGUUCGCUGGCCGCCUCCCAGUGCCGGACUCUCCACCUGCUGCAGUCCGGGACUGCAUGACCUGCUUUGAGAGCAAGGUGACAGCCGCUCUGGUCCCCUGUGGCCACAACCUCUUCUGCAUGGAGUGUGCCAUCCGAAUCUGUGAGCUAAACCAUCCUGAAUGCCCUGUUUGCCACACCCUUGUUACACAGGCUAUCCGAAUCUUCUCUUAAGAGUUCUUUUUUUGUGAGUGUGUUUUUUGUUUUUUUUUAAUUAAUUUUGGUUUUCCUUUGUUGUUUUAGUGUUUGUUUUGUCAGUAUUUGCCCCGUGUACACCUUGCUUUUUUCAAAAAAACAAGAAAAAAUCAAAACGAGCAGAUAUUUUAGAAGACACUGCUUGCUUUACUAAAAGGAAUAAGAAGUAUUUUCAGAUUUUUCUUUUAUAUAUACACAUAUAUACAUAUAUAUUUUAUAAAUGUUUUGU